UGAUAGGGAUGCAAGGAGAGGAAAGUCCAUGUGGUACGCCCCAACAACUUUUGUAAAGGUUGAUGGGUUGGUGUUGAAACAUUUCAUUGAAGAAGACUCAUGGGGAGAAAGGAAUGGAGAAUGGAUGGAAGAGUUGGCUCUGGCUGAAACCUACAGACUGACUGACGAUCCAGUAACAAUUGAGGUAGGAACGAAGUCAAUAGAUCAACACCUGCUGACAAUGGGGAGAAUACACUAUCUCGUCAACUCACUAUUACAAGUACAGGCUGACAAUAAGGAAGAGGUAGUAAAGGCAGACGAGAUAAUGUUGGGGGAUGAUUUCGAAUUUGAUAAAGAGAUGCAAGGAGAAGAGUUUGAACAAGGAGAGAUCUCGGAGGAUUUUCGGGAAGAAGAAUAUGAUGGGUUCCACCUAGAAAUGAGACUUAUUUUCUCGGGGUAUAAACGUGAAAGAGAUGUUGAUAAGAAAACUCUUCGUAUGAGAGAUCAUUACUUAGUGAGGGGAGGUCAUCUCUUCAUCAGGGACAAAAGGGGACCUCCUAGGAGAGUCAUUUGUGGCAGGAAUCGGCAGAUCGAUGUGAUAACAACGCUUCAUGAUGGACCCGUAGGAGGUCACAAAAGUUUUGCCACUACCAUCAAGAAGGUGACCGAGCUAUACUUUUGGGAGGGCAUGUACGGAAUGAUCCGAAAGUACUGCGAAUCGUGCGUUCUCUGCCAAAUCAGAUCUCCAAUCAGGUGCAAGGAACCCCUACAUCCGAGAUAUAUCAAGGAUGUGGGGGCAGUGAUCCAUCUGGAUCUCCUUGCAAUGCCAUUGGGACUUGGAGUCUAUAACUAUAUCUUUGAUGCGCGAGAUAACCUUACAGGAUUUGUUGAUGGAAAGGCCAUCCGAACCAAGACAGGAGCAGUCUUGGCAGAUUGCAUCAAAGAAUAUUACCUCCGGUAUCCUUUCGUUGUGGAGCUUACAAUAGAUAGGGGGUCUGAGUUUAUGUGUGGGGAAGUGAAAGAGUUGUUGGACAACCUAGGAAUUAUUGUCAAGUACACGACCAGAGCACAUCCGCAAGCGAACGCACCGGUUGAAAGAGGGCACAGUACGAUCACCAAUUUGCUGGCGAAGUGGACAACAGGGAAGCCAAACCUGUGGCCCAAGUUCCUAAGAACGGUGUUUUUUGUCGAGAACAUCACAGUCAAGAGAAUCACAGGUUAUGCCCCUGCAACCCUGUGGUAUGGAAGGCAUGCCACGUUUCCUAUAGAGAGUUUCUUAAAGACGUGGCGAAGGCAGGAUCUCGAGAAUGAUAUGCCUCUGGAGGAAUUGCUUGACAUCAGGGCCAGGCAGGCAACCAUGACACAGAAGGGAGGGAUGACGGGUCCUUCCAGGAUAAUUCAUGGAAGAGAAGGGCGAAAAAAGAUGCAGCUGGUAAUGAAGGACUCCAAAGGAAUGUCUGUCUACAAAGAAGAGGACAAUCUUAGGAUCUUCCUGAGAGAAUUCGAGGAGCAUGCCUUCAGAAGAGAGUGGAGUACUCGGACCAUGCUCGAACAGGUGGCAGGACUGGGGGAGUGCAAUGAAGUGAUAGAUGAGGUUGCCUUGGAAUGUUUGGGAUGGUUGGAUUUCAAGGCUGGUAUGUGGGCGAAAUAUGGGGACUUGGCAAGGGAUGAGAUCGAAGAUGACAUCAGUUUCGAUGACACAAACUUGGAAGAUUUUGAGGACAGCAUCAACCUUUGUUCAGAGAAAAGGAGGUGGGGUGAACGGAAGAUGAUGGAGCAAGUGAUGAGGAGGAUAGCACCAAGGGAGUAUGAGGCGGUGAAGAGGAUCAAGGAGGAGUCAGACACCAGGGGGAGCUUCCUUGUCAAGAUGAGAAAGGCCUAUCCCUUGGAGGUGCAGAGACAGAAGAAGAAACAGUUACUUCAAGAGCAGGGAUUGUGGAUUGGCAAGAGGGGAGAGAGGAUAGAAAGGAGAGCUCAAAAGGAAAAUAGGAAAAAUAUCACGACCUCUCAGCAGGGGAAUGAUGAGGACAGAGCUCAAGGUGGAGAUGAUUCAAUAAAAGAAGACAAGACACAAAUUGAAGAGCAUGAUGGUAAGGAAGUAGAAGGCAAUGGCAAGGCAGGAGAGGUGAAAAAGGGAGACGAGAAGGUGAAGGGAAAGGAGAAGGACAGUGAGGAGAAUGAAAUGGCAGGACCUUCUGGAACUGCAGAAGAGCCUACUUCCAAUGAGCCACCAAAGGAACGAGGCUCAAGGAGAUGGACAAAGGAAAAGAGGCAGAGAAAAGAAAAAGAAAACAGGGAAUGCAGGAAUUGGGUUGUGACCUCGUUAAGAGAAAAUGAGUUGCCUUCAGACGCACACUGGAGCUUGAAAUUGGAAAGGAAGAUAGUCUCUGAAACCGUAAUCAGCUCCAAGCUAGCAACUGGUGUGGACAGAUUGAUCAGGUUGAAUCAGCUACUCAGGGACGAUUGUGAAUGGAUCCUUGAGGGGGAAGCAGAAGUAGAAAGCAGGUUGAGAAAAGUGGUGGAAGAAAAGAGAAAGGAAUUAGAAGUUCUCAUUCAGGAACUUCAGGACAGGAUGAAGGAAAAAACAGAAUUAUUCACACAGGGAGUAGCAAGCCAUGUCCAUGAAAUCCUGAAGGAAAUUCAGAGGUUGAGGGCAAGAGAAGAAAAAAGGGACCUGCAGUAGGCAAAGGUGGAAAAAGAGAUGGAAAGUUUGAACACAGAAAUGGAAAAGGCAAGGAUUGAACGAGGAAAGCUGGAAUUGAAGGUGGAGGCACUAAGCAUUGCUCUUGAAAAUAAGAGUAAAGAGGCGGAGACAGA